AUGUCUACGAACAGUACAAAUACUUCGAGUACUUCAAGUACUUCAAAUCCAGUGCCAGUACCUGCUGGCGAUAUCGCCUGGGUCAUGGCAUCUACCGCUUUGGUAUUUUUAAUGAUCCCUGGUGUAGGUUACUUUUAUAGUGGUAUGGCUCGUAGUAAGAAUGCAUUAUCACUUAUAAUGCUCAGUGUACUAUCUGCUGCUAUUUUAAAUUUAACUUUUGGCACUUCAACAACGAAAUACAUUGGUAGCGGCGAAAACGCCUUCUUUAUGGGUGUCGAUAUGACUCCCGUUUCUUCAUUAAUUACAAUACCUAAAAUUGCAUACGCAAUGUUUCAAUGUAUGUUUGCCGCUAUCACUCCUGCUCUCGCUUUAGGUUCUGCUGCAGAACGUGGUCGUAUAUUACCAAAAAUUGUUUUUAUCUUUGUUUGGACUACUCUUGUUUACGAUUUCAUCGCUUGUUGGUCUUGGAAUCAAAAUGGUUGGUUGGCCGUCUUGGGUGCUUUAGAUUUUGCUGGUGGUACCCCUGUUCAUAUUUCUUCCGGUAGUGCUGCUCUCGCUUAUGCUAUAAUCCUUGGUAAACGUCAUGGUCAUGCUGCAAAUGCACGUGCUGCAAUGGCUUGUGCUGUUACAAAUUUGUCUGCCGCUGUUGGUGGCUUAACUUGGCAUAUUUUCGAUUUUGAUGAUGCCCUUGAUGUGUUCGCUGUACAUGGUGUUGGUGGUCUCAUUGGAAAUAUUUUAACUGGUAUAUUUGCUCAAAAAUCAAUUGCCGCUCUUGAUGGAACUGUUAUUGCUGGUGGUUGGAUAGACGGAAACUUUAUUCAAUUGGGUUACCAACUUGCUGAUUCUGCUUGUGGUAUUACAUACUCGUUCGUUAUGACAUAUAUCAUUUUAUUUGUAAUGGAUAAGAUUCCAGGAUUAUCUCUUCGUGCCGACGCUGAAGCUGAAGCAAUUGGUAUCGAUGAAUCCGAAUUGGGUGAAUUAGCUUAUUAUCAUAUCGACAAAAUUAUUUCUGUAAACAAAUUAACCGGUGAAACAAAAACUGUUAAAGAAGAAACAGUACUUCAAAAUAAUGAUGUAAACGUUUCAAUUGUGUAA